CGGAGGUGGAUACUGCCACCGGAGCCUCGACAUCCGGCUAAUGCACAGCGAACGGAAGAAAACCAAGAGAAUGCCGCUCAAUCGAAGGGUGCCGAAGUGCCAUGUGUGCACAGGGCCUUUCAGCACAUACGUCUCUUGCGCUGCUGCGGUAAGGUAAGCCAGGGGCCGGUGGGGACGUUUGGUGCAGCGGUGACGGCGGCAGGAUUUGCAGCGAGCUCAGGUACUCUGUUGGUCGUCCCUGCGGUUCCUGGAUCUCUCCCAGACGGCCCUCUCCUCGCUUGA